GGAGAGGAAAAAAUAUUUUUUGAAGAACAAUGACUACAGAAAAUAUUCUUGUCUGUUUGGGAAAAUUGUCGGAUCUCCUUCCGGGACAAGCUCCGAAACUGGGCUCAGAGUCUCAAGCCUCGAAGAAAACGCAAAGGUUCAACAUAUCUGAUUUUCAAGCAGAAGCACGUAAAAAACUGAAGUCUUAUUAAUUUCUGGAAUAUUCAGGCAUAUCGGGGACCACGCCCAGGUACAGAAAGCAAUAUGAAAGCCGAUGUGCGCACUUGCACCGUGGAUGCGCAGUAACCAUUCCGGAGCCAUCUUGGGGAUCAUUUGUAAUUGGACUCAUCGCUUACCUGAAUGGAUCGGUCGUUCGGUAUUGUGUGAAUAUUUUGUGUGUGUGACCAUGUGUUAGUGUGAAAUAUAUUGUGUGUUAUGUAGUGAUUUUUGAAUUUAAAAGUUCAGUGUAAAAUUUUUAAUCUUUCGCGAACAUAAAUGUUGUGUAUGUAAAAAGGAUUAUGACCGAAGAAAAAUUGGGAUCUGAGAGAUUUUGAAACUAUUCGGAACAAAGACAACAAAAUGGCUCCUUCAGAGUUCGGAAGACAAAAUGGCGGCGUCAUGAUUCGGCACAACAAGAUGGCGGACGGACGCUGAUGCGAAAAUGACGCAGUGGCAGUACGCAUGCGCGAUAUCGAUCCCAUGAAAGCCUUGCAGCGGCCAUUUGCAAAUUAUAUAAGCUGCGCCUAGACCAAAGACCAAAGCAAACUUGAGUGGUUGUUCGGAGUUUCAUUUUUGAAUAAGGUUCAGUACCUAUUGUGAAAUAGUUUUAGUGUGAAUUUCUGUGGUGCAUUCAUCUAAAGAUAGUUCUUUGUUCUUUUAGUUUGUAGAUGUAGAAUUGGGGAUAUUUCGGAUAUACGGAACUAUCAUAUUCGUGAUGAGGUGCCCGAGAUUGCUCAGAUGGCCGCUCUGAAAAUAUGGACCUCGCAAGCAGAACAGGGCGACCGCACCAUGCCAUGCGGGCAAGACCCCAUCAAACGCCAAUGUAACGAUGAAGAUUUUGGUACGAGGGCUUACCUCCUUCUCGCCCUGCUUGUGAGAUUACAUGGAAAACUUGAUCUUUAUGCUUCGCCAUCCCACUCCAGCUUCGAAGUCUUGGACCCCCAUGACCCGACGCUGAGUCGUUUGGCUACUCUACUCUUCAGGCGCACUAAUGACUACUUGCAAGGCGAAAUCGCAUGUGGUGGUGAUCACUACAUAUUGUUGGAAGAAAUCAACCGUUUGGCGAUCACCAAGUACACUGACCUGCGCAAUCUAGCUGUGAAUCUGAACCGGACCCUCACCGAAUAUAAUGACCUAUAUAGUAGCACCAUAAAACCGUUACUUUCUCAAAUCGACGAUAUCGACAUAAUGGUUGGGAAACUCGAGGAAAAUGCUUAUCGUUUGGACAGCUACACCAAACAGCUAAAGUCACGCGUCAAGGAAAUGUACGAGUCUAAAUGAGAAGCAUCAUGUGCUACCAAUAAUGUUGCAAACUACGAACCCAGCUCCAAUGAAUGAAUUGUUAAAUUUUACCUGAAUAGCUCUUUACAAUGAUGGUACGCAGACGGCUGUCAGCCUCAGGUGCCUCCCUUCGGCGCCUGAGGACUACACCGAUUUGAUUGCAAGACUAAAUCAUUAGAAAGUGAAUCUUUAGUAAUUUAGCCUUCUAAAAUAUACUUCGUCUUUUUCUCUGGUGUCAAUAUGAGCGGGAGCUCUCGUUUGUGGUAUAACCACGUGCCAAUCGCAUGUUAGCGGCGUGGCUGCUUGCGCCAAUCGGCGCCGAUUGACGUACCAUCGUUAUGAAAUCUAAAUUGGAAAUGUUCGACAAUGUGAUGUAGAUUCAUUCAUUCGACUGCGGUUCUAAGUUUGAAAUGUUUCUAACUUAUCGUAGGUUUAAGGGGACUCGUCUCUUUCGUAAAUAUGUGUCUAUUAUAGUAGUGGCAUAGCAACAAAAGGCAAGGCUCUAAGAUUGGGAAUAAAGAAACGAUAUUUGUAAAAAUGGGUAAGACCCGGGUAGCGUAAGAAAGCUUAAAAAAUACUUUCGACUUCAAUUCCUCGUUGCCUUUUGACAUUCUGAUCACUUGUGUAAAUUUUAAAUUCUUUGAAUACUGUAAAUAGGAUUCAGAUGGGAGUUACUUUGUGUACAUCUGGGGAGACGCGGAUACCAUAGGGCCUUGUUCACUUGUAGCUUGACAAGCACACCUAUCACCUGUAUACUUGCGUGUCACACGACUACGGGUUCACACUCAGCGGAAAGUGUUUGUACCGAUAUAAAGUACAUUUUUCUUUGUUAGUUUGAGCUUUUUUCAGUUGUUAUCCACAUAAAUGGAAUUGCAUUCUUGGGGCCUUACGUCUCAUGUUGCUCGUCCUAAUAUUAACGAUAUUUAGUCACGUGUAUCAAUUAUACUUUAUUGUGUAACCUGUUAAUAUAAGCGGAAUUACUUUGUUUGUCAGCGUCUGUUCGUAUAUGCUUGAUAACCAAACACCGGUGGUAUUUUAGGAUAUAAUCAUUAAGUGUGCUAUGCUAAAUCCUGUCGUAAAGGAUAUAAUAUAAAUCAGUAAUAGGUAUAUCGUAUCGUUCUAUAGGUAUAGCUUAGGAUGUUAGAAGUUAUAGGUACACCAUAUAGGACAUAAUCUAAGGCUUUUUUCAAUUAAGAUUUAUUAUAGGAAAUAACGAUUUAAUAUCUACAAAUUCUAUUUUACUAAAUGUCGUUUUCGGUCUUCUCUUUCGAUAUAUUCACGUCUUAGAUAUAAUUGUGCUACGAUCGAUACGGUGAUAAAGUAGUUUCUGGUAUAUUCAUUUUAUGCCAACUGUGCUAGAAACAGAAGGACUCUAAUCAAAUAGUGCUAGUUAGGAUCGAACCGAUAACCUCAAUUUAACCAGUAAGCAAAAAUAUGCAUAAGUAUAUAGGAUUUAAUAUAUCAAUGCUAGUGUUGAUUCGUUGACAACCCUUUGAGGUAUGAAUAGGGAGAAGUCAUUCCAACCAAAUGACCCCCAGUCACCCCCUAUGCAAACUGCAACCAUCUACCCUUACCGGAUUGUCGACCAAUAGUCAGAAGCAUUACUUAGUAAUACAUCUACUAUUUUUUAAGGGGAUGCAGGGGGUGGUCGUUCCAACUAAAUGACCCCUAAUGACCCCUAUCUAAAUUCCAGCUAUUUACCCUUAGGAAAUUGUUGAUUUAUUAUCAAUAACCCAAAUUAUAACAUAAGUUAGGUCUUACUUGUAUAUUCGAAAUUGUCAGCUGAAAACAGUUUAUUAGGAUUAGCUACCAAUGUACGCGCGUAGUAAGCGAUAUAUACGUGAGGAACCCGUAUAAUAAAAUAGAUGCAAUUUGAUAAAUUAUUCAUAGGUUAACUUUUUUCUCAUUAUAUGACGGUUUUUAAUAAUAAGCGUUAGUUAUUAUAAGCACAUAUUCUAAUCGUCUAAAUUAUGCAUUCAAAUUAGGUUAAAUUAGGGACGGCACAGAGGACACAUAUAUAUUUCUGUAGAAAAAAAAAAUAUAAUAAAAAAUACAAAAAAAAAUCUAUCGUAGCUUGUAUAAGUAUUCUUAGGUUAGGCAAUAAGUACUGAAAAGUCAGUCCUUAUGCAACGUUGCACCUACGGGUGUCAAGGUACGACAAUCUUAAACCUUGUGCUGUUAAGCAUCACGUUGUAAACACAGUGUCUCUUCCUUAAUAAAAAUAUAUGAAAACUUUGAAAUUGCUCUAUAUAAUAUACAAAUAGGUGUGUGUGCUAAUCGCUUUGUCACGCAUGAUAGCUUACUUACCAACUUGCUACAUUCUAUACCAUCCAAAUUAAGCAUCAAGCAAUCAAGCAAAUUAGUCUGGUUGACCGAUACACCACUAUCAACCAUAGUCAGCAUUGCCUUAACUUUUCAUCACAUAAAUAGGCGUCAACUUGUAUUGCUGCUUUAUAUAGCACCUAAAUUAAGUAUUCGGAACAAUAAAUCACCGUUCGAUAAUCAAUCUAAUAUUCUCAUUAAAUAAAGUAAUAGUAAACGGCAUCUCAUACUAUAGUGUAACAUUAUUACGUGCUACGUUCAAUGGCACCUAAAUUCAAAAUUAGCAACUAUAAAAUUGUAUUCAAAAUAAAGUGCACGCAAAAUUGUAAAAUGAACUACGGAGUUCUUUUUUUCCUAAAAUUUAAAAUCUAUGGUACAAUGGUACGUAAAAUAAAAUAUUUUAUCAUAUAACGUGUAUUAGCUACGCCUCAAGUAUAAAUUAUCUAUUUAGGCACAGGACUUUCAAAAUAGAAUAAGCAUUUAUAAAAACUAGCUCGUUAGCACCUAGAAUCGGCAGCAAAAAUCCAUUUUAUUGAGUAGUUGUAUGAUAUUAGAUAUGAGUAUAUGUAUUCGAUAAAUGUUAAGUCUAAAAUUUUCUAGCAUAGUUCUUUAUUCAAUUUUAUCUAAAUUUUAGGAAAGUAAGUCAUAUUCUUAAUUGGUAUUUCAAGAGGUUAGGAUAGGAUAUAAUCAUAGGAUAAGCAUAUAGUAAUUAUUAUUGUUAUUAAUAAAAAAUAUAGAUAAACAGCGCAUAUUUUUCUAAAAAAGAGAAAAAAUAAAAUAAAAAAUUAAGCGGAAUAUUUUUAUAGAUUCGUUGUUGUAUGUUCUGUCUGACUGCUCUUCACUUAUAUUCAACUCAUAAAUCGAAAAUAAUUAAAAUUACAAAUUAAAUAAAAAAAUACACUAAAUCAUGCGUACACCGCGGUUUAUAUAAGUGCACACGUCUCUCUACGCACUGAAAAUUAACUUUUCUAAAGAUAUAUUGUUGCACCUACGCUCUGUUGCACCUCAAGGCGAUACGAAAAAAAAAAUCCUUAACCUAACUUACUAAAUUAUAUGUCACCUUAAAACCAAUGUUUUAUGGCACCCAUUUUAGACUAUAAAACACGGUUAUUCUGAAAAUGUAUAAUAAUGUCAUAACUAGUAUAAAAAGAGUUUGAAAAAAAAAAUUGCUGUUUUGCACCUAAACCCGAAGGAAUCAGUAAUAAUCUCUAAAAUUCAAAAAAAUCAAAUAAGUAAAAUAAAAUCUUUUGUCUGCCAUGGUAAUAAUGUAAUCGGGAAACAUGACUUUCAUUUUGCGGUACGAUCAGCUAAAUUGUGCAUUUCAGAUGUUAACGAAAUUUAAGGGGUUUCCCAGCACGUCUAGAGUAUUUCUGCAAUUCGAAAAAAAAAACAUGUUCUUCGAUGUCUGGAACAUUACCUUGUCUCGAAAUUUUAAAACCGUGUUAAAUUCAUUAAAAAAAAUCUAAUACCUGUGACCGUAUUAACGUCUAGGAGUCAAGCUUAAAAGUAACGUUUAACUUAAAUAAAAAACAAAAAAAUAAAUUCGGAACAUUGGUUCAGGUAAUUACUUACUUAUGCCUUAUCUAUUUCCAUAUAUACUUGUUAUUUUAGGUCCUUAUAUCUAAUUAUAAUAAUACUUAUAGGUAGCGUAGACGAUAAUCAUGUAAUCUUUCGACUAAGUUUUAUUUGAAAUCCGUUAUUUCACCGAUCUCGUAGAAAACACCAACCGUAGGAAUAAGUAGUUCCACUAUUUUUCAAUUAUUUUUAGGUAAAGAUGAUGAAUAAAAUUGGCAUGCAGCAAUAGUACAAUUUAGGUAAAAAUACAUGAAAUAGUUAAUCAAGGUGGUAGGAGUAAGGAAAUGUAACUAUCUGUCGUUCUUCCUACAUUAUUUAAGAAUAGAUCAUGUUUAGGUGUUAGCGUCGAGAUUAAGAUCUCGACGGCGCAAAAUGUCUUUUCCAGCAAAAGUAAUAUGAGUAGAAUAUACACGACUCCGUACGAUAUGGAUGUCGGUAUAGUAGUGUUAUUAUUAGUGUAGUACCUGCACUUUUCACAAGUGUUUAGCUUAUAACGUUUGUCUUUCAAAUACGUAGUUAUAUAUUCCAUUCUCAUUAACUAUUCACUGCCUUUUUUAACAUUCUUUAUUAAUAAGCUAGUAGAUAACUUAUUUCUUGUAAUAUCCUUGGUUGGAACCAAGGGUAUCCAUGUGGGAGAGCCUAGCCAAUACCAUUCGUGGUUGCGGCUCGUAGAUGGGCUGGCUCGAGCCGGGUAAAGUACCACGCCUGCACAGAAGAUCGUGAGGAGGUGGCAUUUAUUGUCGUUUUCCGAUCGGUGAGUGCGGGUACCGGACGCCCAUUCCCCCCUCCCCUCCUAAAACCACCUUCCCUAUCCCAUUAAAACACCCCAUCCAACUCCGCGGGGACAAUUUAUUGUUCCCGAAAUCCCUCCCCUCCCCUUAGCAUUAAGUAGGUGUAGGUAGAUUUUAAGUAGGAUAAUCUUUUUUCGCUUUGACCCCUUUUUCAUAUCCGUUAGUGUCACGCUAGAUUGGUCCCCCUAGGAAUAGUGUAAGAUAUAGAACACUCCUUGCUGCGGAGUUGCAAGUUCCCGAUUCACUCAUGACUCACUGAAUUAGUGUAAAUAAAUAAGGCUUGCAUUCUUAUUUUGCGGUUUUCGAUAGGUAGGCUGCAAACUUAGAAAAUGAGACGUUUGAAGCUACAGCUUCACAUAGUUCUUACAAUUGCACCUAUAUUUUUUUCUAAAAACAACAUUUUCUUUUUCAAUUGGCACAGCUUUUUUAUUAAGUUCAACUAACGAAACUAAUUGGCAUAACUAGAAAUAUCUCACGAACAUCCAGAGAUUUUUUCUAAAUUAAAAUCGUAAGUUUUCUUUGCAUGUAUUUUUUAAUUACGCCAGUUAGAACCAGAGAUGCCUUGCAGAAGAUCUUGCAAUGUUACCACCAGUCACAACACCUACAGUACCGCGCCGAAUAAAAAAACUGGCUAAUUGUCCACUAAAAACCCAAACUCACGACUUCAUUACAAAGUUUGCAUUAAUUAGGAAAUUAAUUUAGGUAUUGCAUAUGCAUAGCUAGGUAUUAACAUAGGUUAAUAUACCACGCUCAUUUAUCCAUUCGGGUGAAAAGUAGCAGGUGUCGCCGUUGCGAGUAUAGCAGUAAUAGUUAGGCUAAUUAGGUAAGUUAGAUAGGUAGGCCUCAGCACCCUACCUGUAUCUUAGUUAUAAAGCAUAUAUAUAAAUUAAAAUAGGAGUGCUACAGUAAAAACCUCCAAUAAGGAGUCAGGCAUAUGUCAGGCGAUUAUAAAAGUAGUUGUAUAUUGCUAGGUAAGCAAUUUUUGAGUAAUUAUAUCAAAAUUAACUUAUACCUAUUAAAAUUAACUUCUGUUAAAAUUAACGUUUAUUAAAAUUAUUUUUCAUUAAAAUCGUUAAAUUUUUGUAAUGAUUUUCUCUCAUUUUUAUAACAUCGUUCUUUAGUUUAUAAUGGUCGAUGUAAACUUCCGGAUAACAUCGGGAAUUGGAAGGAUAGAUUAUGCGGCAUGACGUUAGUCUCUAUGGUCAGGGAAAAGGGUGGUAGGCGUAUUUUACGUACGUAUUUUUUGUGCGUUACUUUACGUAUCGUUAACUCACUUAUUCGUACGUUUCGUUAUUCGAUUUAAUUAUCGAUUUAAUAUUUAUUAAUUUAACCUCAGUUAAUUAUGGAGUUGGGUUCAUUAAAUUUCGGAUUUUAUUAUAUUUAUUAACUUAUGUAUUGAUACAUUCUAGUUAUAUUGUGUAUUAUUGAUUUAUGUACAAUUAUUAUUCAUCGCAGUAUUUGGGGUAUAUUAAUUUAUAAUACAUUUGUACUUUCUAAUAUUUGUUCAACAUCAUGAUUUCUCUUAUUAUAAGAUAUAAUUAGGCAGUUGAAUACAUAUAUAUUAUGAUAUUUUAUGAAGGUAUAUAGGUAAGUUACUCUACAUAAGGACAUAGGAUCAUUUACAACCGAUUAGCUGUUUAUAGUUUAUGAAUUAUAUAAGUAUAUUUAUAAUAUCUUAUAUCGUAUAGGUUAUAUAGUAUGCCCACGCGCACUAAGUCGCUGGGCUCCCAUUAUCGCAUGUAUGGCAGUAAUAGGUAAGCUACGGUAUAGACCCAAAGAGGUAUCGGUUAGCUUACUGUUAAGGUGUAUCGUAGGUACUUAAAUAUAUGCUAUAGGUAGGUUAUUAUAUAAAAAUACUUAAAUAAGGUUUAUUUUACACAUGUGUUUGAGUAGGUUUUGUCUAAGAUCUUUUAAAUUAUUGUAAAAUCAGUUCUUAAUUUCUUCGUCUUGCUUCCUUUAAUUUCCGAGGAGUUAGGAGUGGUUUAAAUGUGAAUGUAUUUUCGAUCUUGUACGAGCAGACAACGAAAGAUUUAUAUAUUUAAUUAUUAAAGAUAUAUAUUAUUUAUUUAUUUAGAGUCUUAUUAAUUUAAUUAAUUAACGGUUAAUUAAUUCAAGUUAAAAUUUGUUUCGUCGAAAUUUUUUUUGUACUUUUUUAUAUUCGAUUAUUGUCGUGUCAUCUUUAAAAUUGUUGUUAAUUUGCCGUCACGUUAUUUUAAAAUUAUAAUUAUGUUUAUAUAUGUAUUUGUUUAUUUGUUUAUAUAGAAUAAGUAGGAUAUAAGAUGUACAUUGCAAAGAAGUCUUUCAACCCAUUUUUAUUAGUAUGUAAGAAAGUGACCCAUUGAGAGUCCUAGGUAGGGAAUUAGAUGUUGAUUAUAGCAGUUAACUAGGCAUUAUAAAAUAUAUCCUUUUAGAUAUUAAGAAGGCGUCAAUCAUGGUUAAUCGUAAUAAGGUUUUUAUUAUAUUUUAGAUAUAAUAUAUUAAAAAUAGGCUCUUCUUUCAAAACAUAAUUAAGCUAUAUUAGGAUUAUAAAUUCUACUUUCAAAAGGCUUGAAAUUCGUAUGUUAUUUUCGGAAAAAAAAAAUAUAUAUAUAUUAUUUAUGCAUAAUAUUGAACAGUUGUUUUACAUAAGAAUAGUUUGGCAUCUGAAUAAUUAUGUACCUACUAUAAUAUUUUUCAACAUUCAGCACUCGUUAAAAUUAAACUUUUUCAUUAUUUCUAACAAAUUGUAUUUGGCUAUGUCUGUUUCAAAAAAAAAAACUAAUUAUAUAUUUUUAUAUUAUUCUUCUUAAAUUAAUAAUAAUAAAAUAAGGUGUGCACUAAACAAAAAAAUAAAUAUCUACUAUAAUAUUAAAAUUAAUUAUGUAUUAAAAAAAAAGCUAUUUUAAGAUACCAUUUUAUUUAGAGCCGAUUAUUAAUUUCUUUAAACAAAAAUAAACUUAAAAUUUAAACAAUAAAAUUUUAAAACAUUUAAAUUAAAUAAAUCUGUUUGAUCGAGAACUUGCAUGAAAGUGAGUCGAAAUUGACAUAGUUACCUGACCGGUCCAAUUUCCACCAAGCGACAUUUUAAAAUUAUAGGUACCCAUUUAUCAUCAGACUUACAAAUUUCAACAACCGAAUUUCAGGACAUUCAUGGUAAAAAUAAAUAAACAAAUCACAAAAAGGCAACGGGUUGCUAUGCCAGUUUCCAGUUUUUUUUUUGUGGUGGUAAAAUUGUACAUCGUUACAUUUUAUAUUUAAAUUGGAUAUUUAUUAUUUUAAUAUUGUUUUGGCCUAAAAGCUGUGUUAAAAGCCUCACACCCAUUAGUGAAUAAAAGCAAUGUAUUUAAUUAAUUAACAAUGUAAAUCUAUUUUUAUUACUAUCCUUAAGGCUCUUUACUUAUAUGUAAUUUUUUAUACAUAAGUAGUUUUAAAAAUGAUACAUUAAUUAAUGUAAUAUUAUGACUGUGUUUCGGAUGGCACGUUAAACUGUAGGUCCCGGCUGCCAGUGAACAUCUUGGGCAGUCGUUACGAGUAGUCAGAAGCCAGUAAGUCUGACAAUCAGUCUCACCAAGGGGUAUUUUGUUGCCCGGGUAACCGGGUUGAGGAGAUCACACAGGGCAGUCGUUCCUUGUAAAACACUGGUACUCAGCUACAUCCAGGUAGACUGGAAGCCGGCCCCAACGCAGUUGGGAAAAGGCUCGGAAGAUCAUGUUGAUGAUGAUAUAUUAAUUAAUGUAUUAUUUCGUAGUUGAAAAUAUUACAUUGAAUUGAAAUCAGUCACUUAAAGUCAAAUUCAAUAAAUUUAAAAUCCAGGUAUUACUACAAAAAAGUGACACAGACGUUCGUCACGUGUUUAAGGGAAAUGAACCAUCAUUAUAAAACGUGGUUUUAAGAAGUACCUGCUUUAGUAACGGGUUUAGUCCACUAUCUUUCGGGACGGUGGUUUAUUCCUGGUACAAAAGCUGGUACUUUUUUAAAACCACGGUUUAUAAUGAGGUGGUAUUUGUUUUUCUUAAAAACAUGACAAGCGCCUGUUAAACACCUGGGGCUUGAUUCUGCUAUUUUUUUUUAUAAUUUGUCAAUUGGAUAAUCAAUUGGCAAUGGAAUAUCAAUAGCAGUUUUAACCUUAGCGGGCAUUCUCCCACUAAUGUAGACCAAUCGCAUUCCAAUAACAUUUCAUUAGUUUGAAGAAAGAAAGAAAGCAAAUACAUUCACCGGUGUGACACAUAGAUAUACAAUUAAACAUACAAAAAAAUAGACAUUAAAAAUUAUAGCAAAAACUGAAAAUAAAGUAAAAUAAUACAAAACGAGAAGAAGGUACAUAACGGGAAAUAUGGGUCACACUUGGUUUGCACUUGGUCUGCCAUUGGUCUAUAUUUUAGUCUGCUUAUCGUAUUGCAACCGUUAAUCGAUUGCAGACGAUUUAAUACAUUAGUGAAUCACAGAAGAGGAUAAAAACGUUUUUAAAACCAAAUUAUAGUUACACUAAUUAAAACUUAAUAGAAUUUGAAUGUGCAACCGUAUAUCGAUUGCAGACAAUAUAUUGCAUUAUUAAAUCACAGAAAAAGAUAAAAACGUUUUUAAAACCAAAUUAGAGAGUUCUAAUGAGUAAUUAACUCAUUAAAACUCUUGGCAUUUGAACAGCAACACCUACAACUUAAGUAUUUGCGGAAAUCCCCAUAUGCUUCAAUCGUAAUUGAGUUGAAUUGGAUCUAAGUUGUAUAUCAAUCGUAAAAUUAGCAGAAUCAAGCCCCAGUUAAACAAGUUCAACAGGCGUUCGACAUCUCUUUAAGGAAAAUUCCCCAUACGCUUUUUUCUUAAACUAGUGACGAACUCACGUUUAACUUUAAUGUAGUAAGACCUGUUUUUUAAAUUGAAACCUUUUAAAUUGAUAAAAUUAAUAUCGGUAAUACAACGAAUUGUUUUUUGGACGAGACAACGUCUUAUUAUUCUAUGGAGCCUGCACGCACGAAAAAACAUUAGUCGUGCGGCGUUACCUUGCUAUGAGGCGUUGCCUCGCUAUGCGACGUUACCUCGCUAUGCGGCGUUACCUCGCUAUGCGACGUUACCUCGCUAUGCGACGUUACCUGGCUCUGAUGCGUUACCUCAUUCUGAGGCUUUACCUCGCUCUGAGGCGUUCCAUUUAAUGCUUGAAGUGCAAUCGAGAGCGCACAAAAAGGCACAAUCAGUCAUCGCGUACAGACGUUGUCACGUUCAACUAUCGUUAGUAAACCGACUUCACAGACAACCGAUUUAUAUAACUUUGACAUACAUUUAAACAAAAAAAUAUAAAUACAAAAUAAAAAUAUACAAAACUUCAAAAAAACGUGAAGAAGGUACAUAACUUGAAAUAUGCGUCACAUCAAUUGUGUAUAUGUAUUAUUAUUUAUGUAUAUAUUAUUUCAGAUUUUAAUGUGAUAGAUAAGUGAUGCUUUUGCACCAUCUAUCUAUGACACUCUAAAUAGCAUGGUUUUUAAACGUCAAUUUUUAAUAAAAUACUGCCGUUGUGUAUCGAUAUUUAUUUUACAAUUUUUAAGGCAUUCACGAAUUUGGCUGAAGAUGGACUGAUUUCAUUUCAUUGUAUGGUACUGCGAUAUACAGUAUAUACUUUAUAUACGCAUGAUACAUAUACGUAUAUUUAGUAUAUAAUCGUGAUCGAACGGACACUAAGUGCUGUAAUGUGCAUCAUUAAUAGUAUUUAUAGUAGCACGCCGAUUUAUCCGAAUUAAUUGGGACCGGGGUGGUUUCGGAUAAUCGGACAUAGACCGAUAAUGAAGAAAAACCAACUAACACCCUUAGAAUGAACUUUUUUAAAGUUUAACUAAACACGGUUCUACAAUAACGCGCAAUUGAAUUUCUCGAUCACAGUAAGUUGCAACUCCAUCAGGCCUUACAAAGAUAGAAAUUCAUAAUCGGCGUUCGGAUAGUCAGCAUUCUACUGUUUAUAUCUAUAUUAAUAUAAUUAUACAUAUUCUAUUAUAGUAUCUAGUAUAUUCUAUGGUUCUGCCCGCGAUCCGCGUUAUAUUAGGUAUAUUAUAUUAGGCCGAGAGUUCUCUUCUCGUAGGACAUAAGGACUAGAAUAAGAAGGUCGACUACCGUCGUACCGUUUUAGUUGGCUCUGAAAAGGAAAUAAACGUAGAUUUAAAAUAUCCACCUAACAUGGUGAUUAUAUGGUUAUCAAGCAUAGCAUGUAACAUUAGUAUUCUCAAUAUAAAUGUGUUUCACAUUCCUUUGAUUGGUAUUGGUAUAAUUAUAGAAUAGAUUAUAUUCACUACUUGAACUUUUAUCAUAGGAUCGUACAUUCUUGAUGUUUAAUGACGUUUUACUGUAUAAUCCAUGGAUUUAAUCAAUUACAAUAUCUGUGUUGUAGACGCUACAUGUUUUAAAUGAAUUACAUCUGAAUUGACUUUUAAAUUAUGUGUCUAAGUACUAAUCAUAAAGUAGACAGUUUGAUUAUUGGAAUAUUUAACUUGAUUAAUAUAUCUGGCUAUGUCUAACAGUUUUCGAUGUAACUUUACAAGUUAAUCACUGAAUAAAAUAUAAAUAAUAUCUCAAAUUGUAUGCUGUAGAAGUUACAGAUUUCAAAAUAAGAACGUAAAUGAUCGGAACCUCAUGGUGUCGCGUGGUAUGUCCUAGAUACAUCAUCAUCUUCUGAUCAAUUUGUCAGACUGUGCGGUAGAAUGACCAUUACCUAUAUGAUAUGCGUGUGGCGUACGGCAGGUGAUUCUGGCGAUGCCGAUAUCUUCCUAUACUCGCCAACCGACAUACUUUACAUCGAUUGAGCUACUCUGACUGGAACUGCUUUUGAAAUUGGAAACUGGUAUAUAACCUCCGCCGUCACGCCGAAGAUAAAAAAGUUCCACUUAAAAAAGGUUUUAUGGUGAACAGACUGUAUCACGGUUCAUAAGCAUAACAGCAUAUAUACCCGCACGACAUAAAAAUCCCACAGAAAAAUCGCAACACCGCAGUUAUCUACGCACCACCUUACUAGCGUCACCAUGGGGGAAAAUCCAAAUAAAAUAAUCAUGAAAAUAUUAAUAUUUAAAAACCAUAAAUUAAAGUAUCUCGAUGUCACUUAAUUAACAUCUUGUAGUAAAUUGAAGAAUUAUUGUGAACACCUAAAAUUACUUAUAACUUGGAAAUUUUAAAAUGAGUGUUAAUAUCCUAUCUCGUAGAAGUUAUACUUGUUCGAUCGUAUAUCUACUAGUGACAUUAUUAUAUAUGAAUGUAUAACAUCUUACCACUGAAAAGUACAUAUAUUCGAAAGAUAUUCUUGUCCACAGUAUUAAAGUAUGUUACCACCAGAAAGAAUGAAUGAUUUUCCUAAAACUUGUAAUAAUUGUUCAAAAUAUGCACAAAACUUUGUAUCGUCAGGAUUUUUUAUUUAAGUAUCUAGAAAUAUGAUAUAACUAACUACAAUUUACAUUUGUCAAAAAUACAAAAUAAUAAAAUCACGAUUGUAUGUUUAUAUUUCUUGUUUUAUCACUAAAACUAGGAACUUAAAAUCACCACUUCAUUUUCAAAACAUGUGUGUUUGUAAAAUGUCAAAUUAAUGUGCCGAAAUAUCUGGAACUUGUCAAUCAAAACAUGUUAUUAUUAUUUAAGUUACAGUUUAUUUUAACACAAGAAAAAACAAUUUUGAUUGCAACAAGAAGAAUAAUAAUUUUAUUUCCACUUUGGAAACCUUGUAUAUUAUUUUUAAUAAUAAAAAAACAACUACAAAAUUAAUAUUAAAUCGAGGUGUGUUCAAAGCUUUACCCGAGGAACGUUAAGGAAACUGUUACAUCAUUCGGCUGAAGGCUUUCCAUCUUGAAAAAAAAAAAAAAAAAACUAGAAAAUUCCAAAAUAUAAUUUGGAUGCUCAACGGGCCGGUAAAGUUUUUGAACAGAUUAACAUCAUUCGAUGUCGAGGUAACAUUUGAAAAAUGUGAAAAAUUAUGUUUUUGAAGUCAUAAAAAAAAAAACUUUUUGUAUGUUAGAUAGGCACCCUUCCCUAUUGGGGAUGUUAGGGUCAUGACUGUGGUUUAAUUAGGUAACUUUAUAUGGCUCCUUUAAAAAGGACACUUUAUACUUAUGCUCUGUCUAGGAUAUUCUAUAGUGAACUAUUUCUGAAAUAAAAUAUUGGUGUGAUAACUUCAA